AUGGCAGCCCCUCCAUCAGCCCCCACUAUCAGCCCCUCCACUAGCCCCUCCACCAGCCCCUUCCACCAGCCCCUUCCACCAGCCCCUUCACCAGCCCCUUCACCAGCCCCUACAUCAGCCCCUUCCACCAGCCCCUCCACCAGCCCCUUCCACCAGCCCCUUCCACCAGCCCCUACAUCAGCCCCUUCACCAGCCCCUCCAUCAGCACCCUCCAUCAGCACCCUCCAUCAGCCCCUCCACCAGCCCCCUCCACCAGCCCCCUCCAUCAGCCCCUUCCACCAGCCCCCUCCAUCAGCCCCCUCCAUCAGCCGAUUCCACCAGCCCCUUCCACCAGCCCCCUCCACCAGCCCCCUCCAUCAGCCCCUCCAUCAGCCCCUUCCACCAGCCCCUUCCACCAGCCCCCUCCAUCAGCCCCUUCCACCAGCCCCUUCCACCAGCCCCUUCCACCAGCCCCCUCCAUCAGCCCCUCCACCAGCCCCCUCCAUCAGCCCCCUCCACCAGCCCCCUCCACCAGCCCCUUCCACCAGCCCCUUCCACCAGCCCCCUCCAUCAGCCCCUUCCACCAGCCCCUCCAUCAGCCCAUCCAUCAGCCACCUCCACCAGCCCCUCCACCAGCCACCUCCACCAGCCCCUCCACCAGCCCCCUCCACCAGCCCCCUCCAUCAGCCCCUUCCACCAGCCCCUUCCACCAGCCCCUCCAUCAGCCCCUCCAUCAGCCCCUCCAUCAGCCCCUUCCACCAGCCCCCUCCAUCAGUCCCUUCCACCAGCCCCUCCAUCAGCCCCCUCCACCAGCCCCUCCACCAGCCCCCUCCACCAGCCCCCUCCACCAGCCCCCUCCAUCAGCCCCCUCCACCAGCCCCUCCACCAGCCCCCUCCACCAGCCCCUCCACCAGCCCCUUCCACCAGCCCCUUCCACCAGUCCCUUCCACCAGCCCCUUCCACCAGUCCCUUCCACCAGCCCCUCCAUCAGCCCCUCCACCAGCCCCCUCCAUCAGCCCCUUCCACCAGCCCCUCCAUCAGCCCCCUCCACCAGACCCUUCCACCAGCCCCUUCCACCAGCCCCUUCCACCAGCUCCUCCAUCAGCCCCUUCCACCAGACCCUUCCACCAGCCCCUCCACCAGCCCCCUCCAUCAGCCCCCUCCACCAGCCCCCUCCACCAGCCCCUUCCACCAGCACCUUCCACCAGCCCCUUCCACCAGCCCCUUCCACCAGCCCCUCCAUCAGCCCCCUCCACCAGCCCCUUCCACCAGCCCCUUCCACCAGCCCCUCCAUCAGCCCCUUCCACCAGUCCCUUCCACCAGCCCCUCCAUCAGCCCCUCCACCAGCCCCCUCCAUCAGCCCCUUCCACCAGCCCCUCCAUCAGCCCCCUCCAUCAGCCCCCUCCACCAGCCCCCUCCACCAGCCCCUUCCACCAGCACCUUCCACCAGCCCCUUCCACCAGCCCCUUCCACCAGCCCCCUCCACCAGCCCCCUCCAUCAGCCCCUAUUAA